AAUUAAAAUCGUAUGACGUUAGAAAAACAAAAGAGGAAGGACAAAAACUAUUAAAUUAUUGUCAAAUAUUUUCAUAUGAAAAUCGAUCAAAUAUUAGGAUUUUAAAUUUUAUAAAAUAUCAAAUCUCGGCAUUCGAAAAAAAAAUAAAUUAUUAUAAUUUCUUAUCGCUGAUACAAAAUUUCAUCUGUCCAGAUGAUAUUACUUUUGUAAACUUAGGUAGAUUCCUCACACAAAGAAACGAAAGAAAAAAAAGAGGGCAAAAUUUGGAAUACAAACCAAUAUAGCUUUAGAAUUUUAGAAUUCAUUCUCUCCAAGUAAGAAUCACUAUCGUCUCGUUUUACAAAAUAGCAGGGUGGGCUAAGUGAUUUUCAUGGAGAAAAUGACUACAGCAGAAAAUACAAUACGCUUUAGUGAUCAUACAUUAGACAAAGCAACUAAAGCCAAGGUAACUCUCGAAAAUUAUUAUAGUAAUCUUGUGGCGCAAUAUGGAGAAAGAAAACAAAGGCUUGCUAAAUUGGAAGCUCAAUUAAAAGAUGAAACGCUAUCAGAAUCGCAAAAACAAGAAAAACGUGCGCAACAUGCGCAAAAAGAAACAGAAUUUUUAAGAUUGAAACGUUCUAGACUUGGUGUUGAAGAUUUUGAAGCUCUUAAAGUAAUAGGACGCGGUGCAUUUGGAGAAGUUCGUUUAGUACAGAAAAAAGAUACAGGUCAUGUUUACGCAAUGAAAGUUCUUAGAAAAGCUGACAUGCUAGAAAAAGAACAAGUGGCCCAUGUUAGAGCAGAAAGAGACGUUUUAGUGGAGGCGGACCAUCAAUGGGUAGUAAAAAUGUAUUACAGCUUUCAGGAUCCGAUAAAUCUAUAUUUAAUUAUGGAAUUUUUGCCUGGUGGUGAUAUGAUGACGCUUUUGAUGAAGAAGGAUACCCUUUCUGAAGAAUGUACGCAAUUCUAUAUUGCAGAAACUGCGUUGGCAAUUGAUUCUAUACAUAAAUUAGGAUUUAUACAUCGUGAUAUCAAACCUGAUAAUUUAUUAUUGGAUGCUAGAGGACAUUUGAAGCUCUCUGAUUUUGGUUUAUGUACCGGUUUAAAGAAAUCUCAUCGUACAGACUUUUAUCGUGAUUUAUCUCAAGCUAAACCUUCAGAUUUUAUUGGAACAAGUGCAAGUCCAAUGGAUUCAAAACGACGAGCAGAAAGUUGGAAAAGAAAUAGACGGGCAUUAGCUUAUAGUACAGUGGGAACACCAGAUUACAUUGCUCCUGAAGUAUUUCUUCAAACUGGUUACGGUCCUGCAUGUGAUUGGUGGUCGUUAGGAGUUAUUAUGUAUGAAAUGUUGAUGGGAUAUCCACCAUUUUGUUCAGAUAAUCCACAAGAUACCUAUCGUAAAGUAAUGAACUGGCGUGAAACUUUAAUAUUCCCACCGGAAACUCCUAUAUCUGAAGAAGCAAGAGAUACUAUAGUAAGAUUUUGUUGCGAAUCGGAAAGAAGGCUUGGUUCACAACGUGGUUUGGACGAUUUAAAAAAUAUACAAUUUUUCCGAGGUGUUGAUUGGGAACAUAUUCGAGAAAGGCCUGCAGCUAUACCUGUUGAAGUCCGUUCCAUAGAUGAUACUUCAAAUUUUGACGAUUUUCCAGAUGUAUCAUUAGAAAUUCCUACUGCUCCUAUGCCUCAAGAUGGUGAAGUUCUUAAAGAUUGGGUAUUUAUUAAUUAUACAUUUAAAAGAUUUGAAGGUUUGACACAGCGGAGCACUCCAGUAAAAAAAUAAAAUUAAAAAAAGAAAAUUAAAUGUAACAAAAUGAACAAUAUUAUGGUAACAAAUACCUUUUAAAUAAAAUCUAAUUUUAGUAAACGCUAAAAAGAAAAUAAAAAAAAAAAGAAAAAAAAAUAAAACAAAUGCGCUAUGAAAGAAAUAAAAAAACAUAGAAAUUAAUUGCUAAUUAUUAAUGAUAAAAUUUAAUUGUUCUAGAUAAUUUUAUUUUAUUUGAAUUUAUAUUUUAUUUUUUUAAUUAUUAAACCUUAGUUAUUUCUUUUGUUUGACAAGAAAAAAAAGAAUGUUUUUUUUUGAAAGAAGAAAAUACAAAAAUAAAUUGCAAAUUAUGAUU